AAUGGCGUAUCACAGCCCGUACAGAGCUCCCCCGCACGUCAACGCUCCCCCGGACCAGAGUUUUCUGUGGAAUAUCUUCCAGAGGGUUGACAAGGACCGCAGCGGGGUGAUCUCAGACUCAGAGCUGCAGCAGGCCUUAUCCAACGGCACAUGGACUCCCUUCAACCCAGUGACGGUGCGCUCAAUCAUCGCCAUGUUCGACAGGGAAAACAAAGGCGGCGUGAACUUCAACGAGUUCGCCGGCGUGUGGAAGUACAUCACAGACUGGCAGAACAUCUUCAGGAACUACGACAGGGACAACUCSGGCUUCAUCGACAGGAACGAGCUCAAGCUGGCGCUGACCGGAUUCGGCUAUCGUCUAUCCGACCAGUUUUACAGCACGCUGAUAGAGAAGUUUGACCGGCAGAGGAAGGGCCAGGUGGCUUUUGAUGACUUCAUCCAGUGCUGUAUUGUAUUACAGAGGCUGACCGACGUGUUCCGGCGGUACGACACGGACCAGGACGGCUGGAUCCAGGUUUCAUAUGAACAGUAUCUUUCCAUGGUCUUUAACGUGGUAUAACGCACAUGAAGAACCCAGAAGAGCACAACUGGAUAGAACCGUGCCAAAGCUCCCGGCACCCUCCGGAUGUCUGCCGUGGUGGACACUACUUUUUAUUUUUUAAAGCUACUUUCAGCCUGAGUUGGGCUAUUUAUUAUAAAACUAUGAUCUUAAGGCGAGGAAAGUUCAAAGCUUGAUGUUUGUUAUUAAAAAAUAAAAAAAUCUCGUGUUUUGUUUGUUGGCAAAUCUGAACAAUGUCAGUGGGGGGGUCUUGGGGUAAACGUACAGAGAUGUCUGUUUGUGUUGACAAUGUUUUAAUAGAUUUAAUUUGAAAAAAAGUAYAUGUACCUGUUGAAAAAAAACUGAUGCAUUGUAAAUAUGAUUUAAAAUGCAUUGCAUGCCUUUCAGGGAAGUCUCCCCCAUCGAAGCAUGCGUCCCCCCUCUUUAACCUCUUGACUUCCCUGUCCUCUUUGCUCAAAGCCAUGUUUACAAAACUGUGAAAGCAGCUCAGCUUUAGGAUUCACUUACAUGCCAGCUUACACGCCAUCUUUGUACAGAUUUUUAACAGCAGAUCAAGGAGGUAGACGACGAGCUUAAUGCCUUUAGUGUGUUUUUUUUCUGUGCAUGAUGCCUUAAAAGAUGUAAAAGUGGACAAAGAAAUGAAUCUUUUAUUAAAUAAAUGACAUCUGAUGUUU